CUGUAUUUUCCAAUUUGUUUGUGCUCGAAUCUCAAUCGCCUUUCAUAUUCCACCUGAUAAAAAUAAGACGCAUGUGUAAGUAAAUUACCUGAAGGCGGGGGAAUACAAAUGCCUUGUCAAAGGCCUACCCCAUGCUUAUUUCGCGUGCUGCAAAUAAAUUCAACCAGAGCGCCUUGGUUAUGAAAGAAGGACGUAAUGAAUAUAAGCACAUAAAUAAACCACGCGUCAAUCCAUCGAUUAGCAUAUCAAGUUUCGACCCAAGACAACUUGUGUCCGACUGAUUAGUCGCCGUUGUUGCGACACCAAGACCGCACACGAAGUCGCCAUGUUGACCACAAUUGUGGACUUCUUAUAUAGGGAUCCGGCGGAUCCGGUGCUUCUGCCACUUGUGGCCAGCCCCAGGCCCGUUCUGGGCAUACUGGCCACCUAUUUGCUCUUCGUAAAAGUAUUGGGGCCCUGGCUCAUGGCGAACCGAAAGCCCUUCGAUCUGCGGGGUCUCAUUAGGGUCUACAACGUCAUCCAGAUCCUGUUCAACAUCGUCAUGUUCAUAUUGGCAACCCACUUCAUGUUGGGUCCAGGCAAUUUCAACUUCCGGUGCAUCACCAACCUGCCGCUGGACCACGAGUACAAGACCUUAGAACGCUGGAUAACCUAUGCGUACUUUGCCAACAAGCUCAUUGAUCUUAUCGAGACAAUCUUCUUCGUCCUGCGCAAAAAGGACAGCCAGAUAUCCUUCCUGCACGUCUUCCACCAUGUCUACAUGCUGUACAUUUCCUUCGCUUACAUCUACUACCACGGAUACGGGGGCCACGGCUUCUUCAUAUGUUACUUCAACGUUAUCGUGCACAUCAUAAUGUACACCUACUACUACCAGUCCCAGACCGCCAGUGAAUCCGAACGAAGAGAUAGACUCUGGUGGAAGAAGUACAUCACCAUCGUCCAGCUGGUCCAGUUCGUAAUAAUACUUUCGCACAGCAUCUACACGCUCAAUCAGCCGGACUGCCCCACGGCAAGAUUCUCGGCAAGUGCCGCCGGAGGUGUUUCCGUAAUUUUCAUCAUCCUUUUCAUCAACUUCUAUACUCACGCCUACAUUCUGUCCAAAAAGGACGAGCGAAAGGUGCAAUGAAUGGUGUGGUGGCGAUGUGAUAUGUGUUCUGAACACUUCAAGUUUUGUUAAGAAAUCUAUAGAAAUUAAAUUGUUUAAGAGUUAUUAAAAUUACAGUGAUGUUUAUAAA